UGAACCGGGUCGGAGGUGUGUUCUCGCGCUCGCGCUCCGGCGACUAUUCUGCGUGUGCUUUAACGGUGUGUGCGCUAAACCCACCAGUAAACAGUUUCGGAACACUUGCCGUGACCGUGGGGUGAACGGAUUGCAGCCCGGGUGUGUAGGUCCGAGAAACGUGUGGCCGGAAGGUGAAAUAUCUUGAAGCAUAAACAAAAUAAAACAACAAAUCACCUUCUUCAAAUGGUAGUGCUUGUAGGGGGAAAAAAUCAAAAAAGUGUUACAAUUACCUUCCCUAUACACAAGGGAAGCAAAAAGGGUUCGUCACAGUGUGUGAUUCAGUGUGAUUUGAAAGCGUCUCUCUGUGGUUGUUAGUUUUGUGUUCUGUUUCGAUAAAGUGUACAGUGUGUGCGUACGUGUGUGUGUGUGUGUGCACUAAGGUGUGUGAUAAGCGUUCCGCGUUAUCCUUACCUCAUCGUCACCGACCCCUUCAUUACCACAUGAAGUUCUAAAGCAAGUGUUGUGAGAAAGUAAAAUCUGUAGGUGAGGUUUGUAGGUGAGCAAAAAAGGGCAUAGUAGUGAGAAGUGAAAUAAAAUAAAUAGUGUGAAACAUCCCGGGUGGUUGGAAAUAUGUGCCGAUCGCGUGGAUUACGAAGCAAUAGCCACUGUACACCGAUGUCCACGACCAUGCUACUGCGUCUUGCCGUCGUGUGUCUGGCACUGGCCGUCACCCUAGCCAAUGGAUCCUCGGUACCGUCAUCCUGGUCCCGAGUGCACCGAACGGCCCGGGACACGAUGGGUGGUGGUGGUGGCGAUCGGGAACAGCCACCCCGUGCCAGCGCGCUCAUGUCCUGCGAGCGUAUCAACAACUUUUUCUCCUCCAUCAAUGUAACCGUCAGCCCGGCAAAUCAAGGAUCCCAGCACGACCAGGGUCCCGUGUGCGGUGGUAUCUGCUGCGACGCCGAAACGGAACGACAGCUGCAGGCGAAGGCGACGAAAAACUUUGAACGACUAGUCAAACACCACAUCCGAAGCCAACGGGGGCACUGGGAAACGGCGGCUAAUCUGUACAGAGAUUACCUGCUGCAGCUGAUGCGACAGUCGGAAAACAAAACGCUCAUCCUCUUCUCGACCGUCUACAGCAAGAUGUCACCACUGUCCCGCGAACCGAUCCGCGAGCUGUACGAAACCAUCCGGCUCAACCUGAUUGCCGACCGGCCUGGGGAUGAUCUCGAGCUGGUGACAGGCAAGUUUUUCCGCAACCUUUUCCCCGUGGCGUACCACCACGCGAUCCAUUCGGACGUCCUGCACGGCACGGAACGGGGCCGAUCGGCAUCGGCCGGUGUGAGCAACCGCGACUUUCACAGUGACUACAAGAACUGUCUAGUGCACACGUACGACGAGCUGAAACCGUUCGGUAUGGUACCGCAGCAACUGUCCAGCUCGCUGGUGUCUUCCGUCAGUUCGGCCUCGGUGCUGCUGCGCGCCCUGCGGGAAGGUUCCGAGGUGCUGCUCAAGCUGGAGGAGGUCGGUGUGUCGGCACCGAGCUGCCGGAAAGCGCUGCUACGCAUGAACUACUGCGGAAGCUGCAAACGAUACAACCAUCUGCACGCGAAACCGUGCUCCGGCUUGUGCCAGAAUGUGAUGAGGGGCUGCCUAAUUGAGUUUGUCGGCGCGCUGAACAAGGGUUGGUCUACGCUGACGGAAGCGAUCGUUCCACUAAUCGGCACCGUCCGCUCGCAGGACGGCAUCGAGUCAGAGAUCAAAUCCCUCGACGGUAAACUAUCGAACGCCAUCAUGCACGCGAUGGAAAUUGGACCUCAGCUUGAAAAACAGGUGGAACAAGCAUGUGGAGUACCAUCGAUGAUGCCUUCCGAAUAUCUGGCCGAUGGAUCCUACGACGACGCGCCACAAACGCUUGCCGGCACCAGCAAGUGGAUGCUCGCACCCAUCAGCGAGAUGCUCCAGUUCGAGAUGACGAUCGACAAGAACAAGGAUCUCUUCAUUCAGCUGUCUACGACGCUAUGCGAAGAUGAAGACUACCAUCCGACGGAUGAGGAUUGCUGGACGGGCAGCAGCCUGAGUGACUACACCCAGCAAGUGGUGAUGACGAUCGGCAAUCGGUACAACCCGGAGGUGAUGUACAACGCGAGCGCCACCGUAUCACCUCACAUGCAGACGCUGGUCGAUCGGCUUAUUAAUCUGAAGACAGCCGUUAACAAAGCGUAUUCAUCCAACAACUUCAGGAGUGACGUCGAUAAGAUGCAGUCCGAUAUGGCGGAAGGUUCAGGUGAUUCCUAUCCCUCCGAUGAUGAUGAGGAUGGAGAUCUUGCCUCAGGAUCCGGAGAUGAUGUCAGUCCACGUACUAUAUUCAGAGAUUCCGGCCAUGUUACGCCCAACUUUAACGAAAUCAGCUCUUCGAAACGAAUCUCGGCCAGCUCCUGCUGGAGUUUGCUAUCCGUGUCCACGUUCGUCCUGUCCCUGCCGCUGCUAUUGCUGAACAAUCGGUUCAGCAGGCACUGAAAUGCUGGGGGACGCAUCUGUUCCUUGAAUUAAGGUUAGCACACGAUAGGUGACACCUCCGAAGCACACUUCCGGUACCCACCGUGUUGUGGUUUCGAAUGCAUGCAUGUGCUACAGUGAAACAAACAACAAAUUUAAACGCAUACCCUGUACCCUUAGCAGGCACGCUACUGCGUACACACAUCCACUCGUAGCGUACACGAUCUUCUUCCAAACACUGUCACACGUUCUCAUGUCAGAUUUCGGACAGAAUCGUCAACCACACGCAGUGUGCAACGCGUGUUUCAGUAGCGCCUAAACGUAGGCAAUCAAAAUAGUCAAAGCAUAGUAUUUCCUACCCCGGUGCAGAUCAGCUACUGAUGCGUAAUGUUAUCCGCUAUGUCAAAAGAAUCGAUUUUACUACUUCAAGUUUAAUAUUACCAUCCGGACAGACAGCACUUUUCUUAUAUGAACGGUCGCAUUGUGGUUAUGCUUUCCGGCAGCUAUCAAGUUAUGGGAGGAAGCAUAUAUAGGUGCUUCCAAUGUCUUAGUGAGGUGAAGCAAUCGUCGAAGCAAUCUUGCUCCUUUGGAACAAAUACGAAGUUGUAAACCGUCAGCCAUAGGAUCAGCCGCAGCAAAGUCCUAGCAUUACUUUAUUAUCAGCCGCCGCAUCCUGUUUUGGAGGCAGUCAAUUGUUCUAGUGUAUUCUGGCAGCCUGAUGGCCGUCUGCUCAGCUAAUCUCAACCGAAAGAUCCCGUUCGAAACGAUCUCUCGUACGCGUGUAUGUGUAUCUGUGAGUGUAAGAUUUCAGAAGUCAUACGGUCAGCUACACGCGCAGGCAGGACAAUGUUGUCGAGGUGUUCUAGUGAUUUAGUCCGUGAUUCUUCCACUGUCAUUUAUUUAGUCGUUUCCAUAAAAUUCGACCCCGAGCCGUACUGCGAUCAAUUUGGUUUGCGCGCGUAGGGUAACGCGGUCAUCUAAUCAUUCUGACGCGUUCCUUUUCGUCCUUCUCUCUAUCGUCUCUUCUCGGCGUCUACUUUAUAUAGUCGUUAAAAAGAAAUCCCCGAUCGAUAUCGUAGCUAGACCAUUAUGAAACGAAUGAAGCACACAAAACUCAUGCUAGAAACAUGAUAUAAACAUCUUAUUUCUACUAAUUCAAACUAAAUGAAACGAAAAAACAAACACACACACACAACGUUAAGCAUAAAAGGAUGGAUGAAUCGAACGGGCAUGAAAAUAUUAUGUAAAUAUUUAACUUAAAUCAAUAACUAACAGCACAGACACCGUACGGAAUGGAUGAAAUGGGAUAACCAACGUAGAAUAAGAAGUAGUAAGGGUAGAAAGUGAUAGGGAGUUUCUUUCCGUUUUUCAAUAGGUAUAACAAGCUCUGCAAACCCCGAAUCACAUGAAAAGCAACCUACGCAUAAACUCUUCACUAGUUAACAAAUUCUUCUACAGACAGAAAAUGGAUAA